GAACAGUUCGAAGUGUUCCAAACAACAUCGCGUGAUUGAACGUAGUUGUGUAGUUUCCACUUUUCCAGGAAAACAUGUGCCACGUGCGGUGUUCGUAGACCUGGAGCCGACCGUGGUAGACGAGGUGCGUACAGGAACCUAUGCUAAGCUCUUUCAUCCGGAGCAGUUAAUAACCGGUAAAGAAGAUGCCGCUAACAACUAUGCUCGGGGCCAUUACACCAUUGGCAAGGAGCUCAUCGACGUGUGCAUGGAUCGAAUUCGAAGGCUCACGGAACGCUGUGCGUCUCUACAAGGGUUCCUCAUUUUCCACUCGUUCGGUGGUGGAACUGGCAGUGGUUUUGCUGCCUUGAUGAUGGAACGGUUGUCUGUCGAUUUCGGAAAGAAAGCGAAGUUAGAAUUCAGCAUUUAUCCAGCUCCAUCUAUCAGCACUUGUGAGUCUAAUUAUUUAUUGCAUGUUACGUGA